AUGGAAUCACUUAGCGAUGAACGGGAUUACAACAUAACUAUUGACAGUGACGUUACCACCACUGACCUAUCCACCGACCUAUCAGGAACAGAUGAAACUGAAGAAGAUGAACCUUCGUCACAGGAGGUGGAGUUUACACAUGAAAAUAACGAAAGUGGUCAACAAGAGGUAGAAUUAGAAAAGAUACUCGACGAAGUCUAUGAGGUACCAUCUCAACUAAGAGAAAACCGAGUAGACAAGAUCAAGGAAGGUAAAUUAUUGAAGAAAGUUUUAGAGAAACUAAAAAUAUCAAAUAACAUUGACAUUAAUAUAUUUACUGAUUCCAAGCCUAGUAUACAAUUUUUAAACAAAGAUUACAGAUCCAAGAAAAGAGAUAAGUUUAUAGAUCUAAAACUAGCAAAGUUAUCAGAACAAGUUCGAGAGAAUAUUAUUGCUAUAGAAAAGAUACCUGGUGUAACUAACGUUGCUGACAUUUUAACCAAACCGGUGACAACGAUUCAAUUUAAGAAAAUAAUUGAAUGUUUAGAGAAUAAAUUAAAUCCUGAAGACAUUCUUCAUAUAACUGAACUAGAAGAAUCAAAAUUCAAGGACAAAGAGAAGAUGUUGAUGAUCAGUUAA